GCAAAGGGCUGACCUCUGUACAUCAGCUUGUGUAAUUUUCCCGCGCUCACUCGCUCAGUAUUGCGGGAACGAAUUCAAAAUACAAUACUUACAUAUGACGAACGUAUUAUUUGAUUUUUUUUGUGCAUCGAUCGAUUUAAGGAGCAUUUUGGACAGCAAUAUUUACAAGAUUUCCGAUCGGUUAGCCUGAGAAUGAAACGCGAUGAGUCCUCAAAGAGCGUAACCAACUUCCAGCAGCGACGUCUCAGCGAGCAGCGGCCGGCGUUCACGUACGGCUGGCGAUCCAACUCGCUUACCAUCCAAACACUAGCUCAGCAUUCCGCUUAUCUAGCUGAGAAAGCGCUCAACAAGCAGGCUGAAGAAGAGUUAUUACAAAGCACACCGGUUUCGUGGUUACGAUUAUAUAGAUACGCAAAAUUAUGGGAGAUCUUGCUACUCAUCACGGGUGUGAUCCUGGCCAGCUUGAAUGGGUUGUUCGUGCCAAUAGGAGUUAUCAUAUAUGGAGAGUUUACGUCGCUACUGAUCGACAGAACUGUGAUGGUCGGCACCUCCGGGAAGACUCUAACCAUUGCGAUGUUCGGUGGUGGACGAAUAUUGACGAACGCCAGCCGAGAAGAGAAUAGGUUGGCAUUAAUCGAAGACUCGCAAGCGUUCGGUGUUGGAUGCACGGUGUUCUCCAUAGCUCAGUUCAUAAUUGGUGCCAUAAGUGUGGACCUAUUCAACGUUACAGCGUUGAGACAGAUUGAAAGGGUAAAAACGCAUUUCCUACAAGCGGUCCUCCGACAGGACCUGACCUGGUACGACUUGAACACCUCAAUGAAUUUCGCCACCAAGGUCUCUGAUGACUUGGAGAAGUUUCGCGAGGGUAUAGGUGAGAAAGUCCCCAUGCUCAUCUAUCUGGUGAUGUCCUUUGUGACCGCUGUCAUUAUCUCGUUCGUGUAUGGCUGGGAGCUCACGCUGGUCAUUCUGUCUUGUACCCCGGUGGUGAUCGCAACAACCGCUAUAGUUGCAAAGGUGCAGUCAUCGCUGACGACGCAAGAGCUGAAAGCCUAUAGUGUGGCUGGUAUCGUGGCUGAAGAGGUUCUGUCUUCAAUCAGAACUGUCGUUGCUUUCGGAGGCGAAGAGAAAGAAAUUAAAAGGUACAGCGUCCGCUUGGAGCCGGCGAACAAGAUGGGGACACGUAAAGGAAUAUUUUCGGGCUUCGGAAGCGGGGUCAUGUGGCUCAUUAUAUACGGGACAUACGCGCUGUCCUUCUGGUACGGAGUCGGCCUCAUCCUGAAGUCUCGCCACCAGGAAACGCCUGUGUACACUCCAGCUGUGUUGAUGAUUAUUUUCUUCAGUGUACUCCAAGGGGCUCAGAACGUUGGUCUUACCGCUCCUCAUUUAGAGGCCAUAGCGAACGCGCGAGCUUCUGCGGCCUCCGUCUAUGCCGUCAUCGAUAGGAAACCGACUAUUGACAGUCUCUCCACGGAAGGCGCCAAACCAGAGUUCAAGGGAGACCUGGAACUGGAAGACGUGGUCUUUAGAUAUCCGGCGAGAGCGGAUGUGCAGGUUCUCAAUGGAUUAAAUCUGAAAAUAAACGAGAACGAAACGAUAGCGCUGGUGGGUCCGAGCGGCUGCGGUAAGUCCACGGUCCUGCAGCUCUUACAGAGGAUGUACGACCCCGACCAGGGCUCCGUGAGGGCCAGCGGCCAUGACUUGCGGACCAUGAACGUGAGGCACCUCAGAAAUCACAUCGCUGUCGUCGGCCAAGAACCAGUGCUGUUCGCGGGGACCAUCAAAGAGAAUAUCCGAAUGAGCAAUCCAUCUUGCACUGAUGAUGAGGUCAUCGUAGCCGCUAAACAAGCUUACUGCCAUGAUUUCAUAAGGAAAUUGCCGGAUGGCUACGACACGCCCAUAGGCGAGCGCGGCGCCCAGCUCUCCGGCGGACAGAAGCAGCGCAUCGCCAUAGCUCGCGCGCUGGUGCGGCGCCCCAAGCUGCUGCUGCUGGACGAGGCCACGUCGGCGCUGGACUCGCACAGCGAGGCCAAGGUGCAGCGCGCGCUGGACGCCGCCGCGCACGGACGCACCACCGUCAUGGUCUCGCACAGAUUGGUGACCGUACUGAACGCGUCUCGCAUAGUCUUCAUAGACAAGGGAGAAGUAAUCGAGGAAGGCACUCACGAGGAGUUGAUGUCGCUGCGCGGUCGGUACUACCAGCUGGUGCUGGAGAAUGAGCCCAGUAUGGCGCCAGGGGCCGCCUCAAGCAACGACAUGCAGAAACAUGCGAGAAUCCGGAAGCCCAAACUACAAAAAUUGGCUUCCGUCGACUCGAUCAAGAGCAAUUUUACCCAAGACGACUCCGGCUCGGAGGACAGUGUGAUGCUGGAUGAGCCCAAAGAGGAGGAGAUCAAACCGACGACUUGGGACAUAAUGAAACUGUGCGAGCCGGAGAAGUGGCUGAUGAUCGUCGGUGUCCUAGCCGCCUUCUCUGUAGGCUCCUCCUUCCCGAUGUUCGCGAUCUUGUUCGGCGAAACUUACGGGUUAUUGGAGAAUCGUAACGACGAGUGGGUCCGGGGCGAGACCAACAUGAUAGCGGUCCUGUUCAUAUUGGUGGGCGUCUUAACCGGAGUGGGGAUAUUCUUCCAAAUUUACAUCUUCAAUUUAACUGGAGUCAGGCUGACGGCUAGGCUAAGGGUGGCGGUAUUCCGUAAGAUGUUAGCUCAGGAGAUCGGCUGGUUCGACGAUCCAAAGAACGGAGUCGGAGCGCUCUGCGCCAGGCUAGCCGCUGAUGCUGCAGCAGUACAAGGCGCAACUGGCACACGGAUAGGCGCAUUAAUGCAAGCCACAGCUACAAUCGUGAUAGGGAUCGCCCUCUCGCUGUACUACACGUGGCAGAUGACGCUAGUGUCCUUGGUCUCAGUCCCUAUGGUCAUUGGAGCGGUCGUGCUGGAAGGGCGGGUGCUGUCUGAAGGAAUAGCCGAGGUCAGGGAGGCCUCCGACCGUGCUACAACCAUAGCCACGGAGGCCAUCACGAACAUCAGGACGGUCUCUGCUUUCUGCGGCGAGGAGGGGGCGCUGCGGCGGUACGAGGAGGCGGGGGGCGCGGCGCAACGCACUGCGCGGCGCUCGCUGCGGUGGCGCGGCGCCGUGUUCUCGUUCGGGCAGACGGCGCCCGUGGCCGGGUACGCACUGGCGCUCUGGUACGGCGGCGUGCUCGUCGCCAACCGGGAGCUGCACUACAAGUCCGUCAUCAAGGUAUCGGAGGCGCUAGUGUUCGGCGCGUGGAUGAUGGGGCAGGCGCUCGCGUUCGCCCCGAACUUCGGCGCGGCGAUGAGCGCGGCCGGCCGCGUCAUGACGCUGCUGCAGCGGCGGGCGCUCGUCGAGGACACGCACGCGCCCGCCCUGCACGAAAACUACGUGGCAGAAGGCAAGAUCCAGUACAAGAACAUAAAGUUCCGGUACCCGACGCGGCGCGAGGUGGAGGUGCUGGCCGGCCUGAGCCUCGCGAUCCCGCGCGGGGUGCGCGCCGCGCUCGUGGGGCCCAGCGGCUGCGGCAAGUCCACGCUCAUACAGCUGCUGCAGCGGCUCUACGACCCGGACGACGGGAACGUAUACCUGGACGACUACAGCAUUACAUCGGACAUGCGCUUGUCGACGCUGCGGCGGAACCUGGGCAUAGUCUCCCAGGAGCCGGUGCUAUUCGACCGGACCAUCGCCGACAACAUCGCGUACGGCGACAACACCAGAGACGUGCCCAUCGAGGAAAUUGUCAAAGCGGCUAAAGAGGCGAACGUUCAUACCUUUAUAUCCGCUCUGCCGAAUGGCUACGACACGCGACUGGGGGCUCGCGCGUCGCAGCUGUCGGGGGGACAGAAGCAGCGCAUCGCCAUCGCGCGAGCGCUCGUGCGGAACCCGCGCGUGUUACUGCUCGACGAGGCGACAUCAGCACUCGACACUCACAGCGAAAAGGUGGUCCAAGAAGCACUGGACAAGGCCAGCGAAGGCCGCACGUGCCUCAUCAUAGCUCACCGUCUGUCGACGAUACAGAACGCGGAUAUUAUCUGCGUCAUCGAUAAAGGGGUGGUCGCCGAAACCGGGACGCAUCGCGAACUGAUCAAGAGAAAGGGAAUUUACGCCAAGCUGUACGAGCUGCAGUGCGGCUUCGUCGAGGAAAGCGAAGAGAAUCUGCAUAACGAAUAGAGGGGAAUGAAUUAAACAUUGGGAACUACGUAACGAACAAUGUAGGGUAGUCGAAAAAUUUUUGUUAACCAAAAAAGAAUAAUUCGCGAAGUAAUUCUCGAAUAGUAUAGAUAAAUAGAGGGGAAUGAAUGAAACAUUGGAAACUACGUAACGAACAAUGUAGGGUAGUUGAAAUUUUUUUGCUAACCAAAAAGAAUCAUUCGCGAAGUAAUUCUCGAGUACUAUAGAUAAAUAGACGGAAUGAAUGAAACAUUGGGAACUACGUAACGAACAAUGUAGGGUAGUUGGAAAUUUUUUUGUUAACCAAAAAGAAUCAUUCGCGAAGUAAUUCUCGAAUACUAUAAAUAGAUAAAUUUUUUAUACGGAUAAUAAACGUUGCAGACAAAAUAAUAUGCAUUUAGCAUAUCAAUAAAUGAAUAUCCGCAAUUACUUUCGGCUAUUAGUGAAAUUAUAUAAUUAAAAUAUACUAACUUAAAUAAAUAAAUAUAGAUCGAAUUAUAACCCCUAAUAGUUAUUAUAAAAUGUUUGAUUCUAAGCUGAAGGUAGUUCUCAAUUUUUUUACGAAGACUUGGUAGCACAGCUGUCUUCUCAAACUAAUGUAUAAUAUAACAAAUUCGAAUGAAAAACUUUGUUUACUAUUCUACGCAAUGUAACGCAAUAAGAAUCAGCUGAUGUGCGGGUUCAAUGAUCUCGUGUGAUCCGGGGAGUACCUGCGUAUCUUGCAAGUUCACGAAAUAUGAACUAGAUCAAACAAUACAUAUUGAGCUUAGUUUAGUAUUGUUUUUCGUUUAUUUUUAAAUCUAUCGAUGUAUGCACGGUUUUGUGAACUUUUAUUGCGUUAGUUAUGUAGACAUUGUGAGCUCGCACGGGUAGGCACCAUCAUCCUGCCUGUUUUUACCGAGAAGCUGUAAUGCGUUCCAAUUUGAAGGAUGGGACAGUCGCUAUUAAGACUUGAGCCUCAUGUCUCAAGGCUGGUGGGGGCGCACACGUUGUAGUGGGGUGAUAUCGGUUAUAAUUACCAUAGCGCCCUCUAGUAAGCGCGCGGUCAAAAUGGAAUAGGUAAAAAUGUAAAAGAUUAUUUGAAAGUGUUGAGGAGCUUAGAUCCAGUGUGCUUAGUGCGAGUUUUUUAACGUUCUCGAUAGCGUAAAAGUUAACUCAAAUUUGUAUGGAGUGGGAACGUUUGCCUACGCUUACCGUUAGGGGCGCUGUUCCAACUGCAUACAAACUUGAGUUAUCCUUUACGCUAUCAUGGACGUUAAAAAACUAGCACUAAGCACACUGUACCAUGGAUAAAGUCGCCUCUUCCGUACACUUUAGACCGUAAUGUGGGAAUAUGGUUCGUUAGUAAAACGCAUGGAGGUGUGCCCAACCACGCGUGCUUACAAUGCACUCCACUCCACCUCAAGUUAAAUAGGGUUGCGGGAAUACUUCGAAAAGAGUUGCCUUAUGCUCUGUAUAGAUGGUGCUGUUAUCAGUUUUUAAGUAUUGGUGAAGAAAGCGAGAUUUAAGCAGAUAGAUUGCAACGUGAAGGUGUGAUUUUUAUUUAUUACAAAUAGCAUUUUACCUUGCUCUACCUAUUUAAAGAAAUGUUAGUCAAUAUCUAUUUAUAUGUACGUAAGAAGAAUGAGGCACUAACAAUUAUUUUUUGCAAAAAUUGCCUUUUUGCAGAUGAUAUGUGUAUAGUUUUUUUUUUUGGUUUGUGAAGUUGAAUCCUAAACUAUAAUUUUUAGAUCAAUAAUUUAAAUCUCGAAAAAAGUCACUUAUAUAUUUUGCAAAUAUGUAUAAUACAUACAAUGUUAAUAUUCAUUAGAACCAAUUUUCUAUGUAUAAUUUGAUAAGAUGAAAUCCAAGCUAUGUGACAUCAAUUUCGGCAAGACGUCUUGAUGUUAAAACCAGUUUCACAAAUAAGUUAUUAACCGAUAAAUGUAACAGUUUAUUGAUGCAACGAAAUUAAUUAAAAAACUAUUGUUAAUUAAUUAGUCGUUAACUUAUGUAAUACAUUAGUAAACCAUACAUUCCCGGUACCUCUCCUAUACAUUCCCUAGAAAAGACCUGUUAGAAAACAUAUUAACAUAAAUAUUAUAACCUAACCUUUUCUGAUGCUAAUCCCGUAUAAUGCAUAAACUUUUAAUUGUUAUAAAUACUUUUUAAUUAAAUAUUAAUAUAAAUAAAUAUAAAUAUUUACUAACAAUCACGCCACGUUAACUGGUCCCGUGCUAAGUUCGUAAAGAAGUUGUGUUACAGGUACCAGAUAACGGAUAUAAAUGUAAUGUUUUUAUUAUACACAUACAUAUAUUUAAUAUACAUCCAUAACCCUGGAAAAGACAUUUAUAUUUAUCAUACAAAUAUCUUCCCUUGGCGGAAUUCGAACCCGCGACCCCCUUGUGUAGUGACCAUGUCACUUACCACUACACCAGACGGCCGUUUAAUUUGUUGUCUCGUCUUUGUCGUUUAUUGUCUCGAAUCCCGAUUCUUUUUUAUAAAUUUUAGAUUUAGAUUAUCAAGUGUGCUGGAUUGAGCAUUAGCCUAGUAAAUGCCCUGUCAAAUUAUAAUAAAACUUUCGAUACCAUGUGGUAGUGUCGGAGAGGAACAUAGUAUCUCAGCCGGUAACAUCCAAAAUCGUGCUAGAAAGUGGUCGAGUUAUUUUCUCCACUGUUCACCCGAGGUGCUUAAGAGAGCACUAAAAUAUCGGAGAGUGUAAAUCUGUACAAGUGAAAAACGUGUUUAAAAAAUUUGAUAUAUAACCUCGAAUGUAUAAUAGAAUUUGCUUCGUAAUUUUUUUUAUUGUAAUAAUUAUAUUGUGUUCUAAUUAUAUUUAUAGAUGCUCUAAUUUAGGAAUAAUGUACUAAAAAAAUUUAAAACAGGUGUUGUUAAUUAAUUAUAAGACACUUUAAACUGGUAUUUUUUAAAUGAUAAUUAAUUAAAUAAAUAGCUUGUGUGAA